AUGAGUGAGUUGUUAUUGGCCAGUAGCUCGCUGGAAUGGAGUGUUCUGAAAUUUAAAGGUGACGAUACUAAUUUGUCGUCUCAAGGGAAACUACUAUAUGCUUUUGAUACUCGGCAAUCAGGCGGGUAUACGUUCUAUUUGACUGACCUUGCCACCAUUUGGCAUGAAGAGGAGAGUGUUGAUGGUGUAAUAAGACGAGCUCGUGAUGCUUGUCCUUUCGAUGUUGAUAAUCCUGGUCAAAUACAGUUUUUACUUGACACUGUGAAAACUAGUCUCGAUGAUGGACGGGAUGUAGACCUGAAAUGGUCGGACCAUGAAACUAGGACCCUAACUGUCACAAAAGACCUCUCGCCUAUUCCAACUCCAAUCGAGUGGACAUUUUCUUUAAAACGUAAAGACAGUCGUUCGUCUAUUGCAAUUCUCGGAGGGUUUUCUCUCAGUCUUCUCGCUACAAUCAUGUCACUUAAUGCAAAAGUUCAAUCACUGGAAGGACUAUUGUAUGGUAAAGAUUAUCAUAUUGAUGAAUUAAAGGAACUGGCUUCCCGAAAAUAUAUCCCUCGUAAACAUGCCCCUGCUUAUAAACACUACGACAAGGCUAAUAGUAUGACUCCUGCCGCCAAUCCAGGAGGUAUACCCUCAAUUUUGAAGAGUGGGCUGCAACUGGCUCAAGAAUACCGUGUCGCAGUUCAUGAUUCGACCGCAAACCAAGACGAACUGCAAACCAAUGGCUCAUCUAAACCUGUGAGUACAGCCAUGAUCAGUACCUGUUGA